CUUAAAAUAAAAUUUUCCAACUCUUGAGUCCCCUAUCUUGAGGACAAGAGCCUUUUGGGUUAUAAUGAGUCAUGCUUCAUAGAGAAGGCAGAAUUUGAACAUUUUCGUGUUUCUUUAACAAGUGAAGUGGUAUGGAAUUGUUUUCAAAGAGAAAACACCUUUAUUUAAUAAAGAAUUUACUUGGCUAGUUAACAAAACUGUUCUUUCUUGUGCUAAAUAUAAUCACUUCUAUUAUAUAUCCUGAAGCCUCUGUCUCUCCUGGCUGAGACAUGUGAGCACUGCCAGGAACCUGGAAUGUCCCAGGAGGGUAAGAAUAGCCCACAAUGAGAAAUGACUCCUGCUGUCUUCUGGUCACUGCAGUUGUCAGGAACUCUGCCUUAGAGGUGAACAGCUUGGGGGCGUCUCAACUUGGAGACAGAAAAACUGACCUCUUGCUCCUGGGCUCAAUUCUUUCCUUUUAUAUUUCCAGCUCUCAUUUUUAAGCCUCUUGUAGCUAACAUACAUUUAUUUCUGCAAAGAUUUACCACCUCCUUGGAGAUCACAGGCUUUUGAUAUCUCCAGCAGCCUUGAGUCUGUGACAUUUUGGAAGCAUGGACCAUUGGGACUUGCUAGGGUUCCUCAUUAUCACGUUAAACUGCAAUGUGACCAUUGUGGGGAAGAUCUGGCUUAUCUUCAUGAUCCUGCUGAGGAUGGUGGUCAUCAUUGUGGCGGGGUCCCCUGUCUACCAGGAUGAGCAGGAGAGGUUUGUGUGUAACACCCUGCAGCUAGGGUGUGCCAAUGUCUGUUAUGACAUCUUCUCUCCCGUGUCCCACCUGCGCUUCUGGCUAGUCCAAAGCGUGUCUGCCCUCCUCCCUUCUGCGGUUUUCGGUAUUUACGUCCUGCACAAAGUAUCCGAGCUCGCUGUCUGGGGCCCCUGCAGGCCAGGUGGCGGUCCCGGGGACCAGAAUCCCGCUGACCUGAGCCCUGAGGAUCGGUGCUGCUCGCUGCCCUGCAGGGAGGGGCGCAGCCUGGUGGUGCCAGAUUUCUCCUCGGGCUAUAUUGUGCAGCUCUGUCUGCGGACUUUGGCAGAAAUAGCUUUCGGGGCCUUGCAUUACCUCCUCUUCGGAUUCUCGGUCCCCAAUAGAUUCUCCUGCACCCAUGUUUCUUGCUCUGGCACGGUGGACUGCUACGUCUCUCGGCCCACGGAGAAGUCCACACUGAUGCUCUUCCUCUGGGCACUCAGCGCUCUCUCGGUGCUGCUCAGCGUGACUGACCUGCUCUGCAGUCUGCACCGAAGAACGCGCAGGUGGCCGGGCACAGCCAGGGGCCGCCGGGGAUCCGGGGAAGAAAGUGCGGCUCCUGAGCACCCUGGCCAGGGGACCGGAGGGCACGAUGCCCACAGCCCCGGUAGUCAGACCGGUGUGUCAGGGCGGGUGGAGCUUCCAGAUGAGGAUGAGACUGAGGGGUUAUCCUUAGCUAACGACAGGCUGCCCAGGGCUUGCACAGAGCCUGGGGGCAGACCCCGCACAUUAGCCCCUCAGAAGCCCCAAAGUGAAGAUCCCUUAAUGCUCCUCAGCCUGCUGGCCCGGCCCCGCCCAUCCAUUCCGCAGCAACCCCCCGCCCUCCGGGCUGGCUCUGGAAGGGCCCCACUCCCGGAGACCAGAAGGUCUGAGUGGGUGUGAAGAGGUCAGUUGGGCAGUGCAGUGACUGAGAGAAGAUGCAGACCCGGAUGUGCAGCAUCACUUUGGCACAUGGGAAACCUUCAAGUUCCUGGAGAAUAUCGACAGUCAAGAAGGCCAUCUUGCCUGCCACAAGUGGCUUCAGACUGAAAGCUACGAUGAUUAAUUGACGAGAAUCAGGUUACUACUGAUCAUCUUACGCUCUUGAUUGGUCUAUUGUCUUAUUCUUUACCAUGGUAUGUGCUUUAUGUAAAGCAUUUACCUUACAUUAGUAGAGCUCAUUAUUGUUCUAAUGUUUUCUGGUGAAUUAUUAUGAGGGUUCAUUUUGCUUGUUUUUUCUGCUUUGAUAAAACAGGUAUCUUAUGCAUGCAAUCAAUAGAGUCAGUAGGGAGACAUUAGUUUAACUUUUCCAACCCCCUUUAAUAAAAUUAAUGCUGAUUGUGAUAUCCCACUACAUACUUCAUUGUGUUAUGGGAGAAAUGACAAAUGCAGAAAAUAUGACUGGUAAACAAUUGGGGCCUUUUGGGCAUCUUUGAUGGUUAUUGCAUUCAGGUGGAAGUUGCACAGGCUAUGGGUGGACCCUGACUUGUUUGUUGUUUCUGAGUGUGUCUCUGAGUAGUUGUCUUCACUGAGGAAAGGGAAGUGAGUGGCCCUUGAGCUAUCCAAUGCUUUCCAGUCUGGGUUUUGCCUGUGUCCUUGAGAGAGUUGUGCAGUUCAGGUUGCCCUGAGAGACCUCA